CUUCCGGGUUUGGGCCUGGCGCUGUGGUUCGCUCGGCGGCGGCGGCGGCGGCGGCGGCGGCGGCAGAGCAAGACGCGGUGGUGGGAGUUGGGGAACUGGCAUGGACGUUUCGGGGCAGGAGACCGAUUGGCGGAGCGCCGGCUUCCGGCAGAAGCUGGUCAGUCAAAUCGAGGAUGCCAUGAGAAAAGCUGGCGUGGCCCACAGUAAAUCUAGCAAGGAUAUGGAGAGCCAUGUGUUCCUGAAGGCCAAGACUCGGGAUGAAUACCUUUCCCUUGUGGCCAGGCUCAUUAUCCAUUUUCGAGAUAUUCAUAACAAGAAAUCUCAGGCUUCUGUCAGUGACCCGAUGAACGCACUACAGAGCCUAACUGGUGGACCUGCUGCGGGAGCAGCUGGAAUCGGCAUGCCUUCUCGGGGCCCAGGACAGUCCCUAGGUGGGAUGGGAGGCCUUAAUGCCAUGGGGCAGCCAAUGCCUCUCUCAGGGCAGCCACCCCCUGGUACCUCAGGGAUGGCCCCCCAUGGCAUGACUGUUGUGUCUACGGCAACUCCACAGACCCAGCUUCAACUCCAGCAGGUGGCGCUGCAGCAGCAACAGCAACAGCAGUUUCAACAGCAGCAGGUGGCGCUGCAGCAGCAGCAGCAACAGCAGCAGCAGCAACAACAACAGCAACAGUUUCAGGCUCAACAGAAUGCCAUGCAGCAGCAGUUCCAGGCAGUGAUGCAGCAGCAGCAGCUUCAGCAGCAGCAGCAGCAGCAACAUCUGAUCAAAUUUCAGCAAAACCAGCAGCAGAUACAGCAGCAGCAACAGCAACUGCAGCGGAUAGCACAACUGCAACUGCAGCAGCAACAGCAGCAGCAGGCUUUGCAGGCCCAACCACCAAUACAGCAACCACCAAUGCAGCAACCACAGCCUCCUCCCUCUCAGACCCUGCCCCAGCAGCUGCAGCAGAUGCACCACACACAGCACCACCAGCCCCCACCGCAGCCCCAGCAGCCGCCAGUAGCUCAGAACCAACCCUCACAGCUCCCACCACAGUCACAGACCCAGCCUUUGGUGUCACAGGCUCCCGCACUCCCUGGACAGAUGUUGUACGCCCAGCCACAGCUGAAACUGGUCCGAGCUCCAAUGGUGGUGCAGCAGCCCCAGGUGCAGCCCCAGGUGCAGCAGGUGCAGCCCCAGGUGCAGCAGCAGACAGCAGUGCCGACAGCUCAGGCCUCCCAGAUAGUGGCUUCUGGCGUCCAGAUGAUCACCGCAGCCUUGGCCCAAGGUGGGAUGCAAGUAAGAGCCCGGUUUCCGCCCACCACCGCUGUGUCUGCCGUCCCGUCAAGCACCAUCCCUUUGGGCGGACAGCCCUCGGCACAGGUCAGCCAGAACAGCCUCACCAUGCUGUCCUCACCGUCGCCGGGCCAACAAGUACAGACCCCGCAAUCGAUGCCCCCUCCCCCACAGCCGUCCCCGCAACCUGGCCAGCCCAGCUCACAGCCUAACUCCAACGUCAGCUCCGGCCCAGCCCCGUCCCCCAGUAGCUUCCUGCCCAGUCCCUCACCACAACCCUCCCAGAGCCCAGUGACAGCGCGCACCCCACAGAACUUCAGCGUUCCCUCACCAGGACCUUUAAAUACUCCUGUGAACCCCAGCUCAGUCAUGAGCCCAGCUGGCUCUAGCCAGGCUGAGGAGCAACAAUACCUGGACAAGCUAAAGCAGCUGUCGAAGUACAUCGAGCCCCUGCGCCGCAUGAUCAACAAGAUCGACAAGAAUGAAGAUAGAAAAAAGGACCUGAGUAAGAUGAAGAGCCUUUUGGACAUUCUCACAGACCCUUCCAAGAGGUGCCCCCUGAAAACACUGCAGAAGUGUGAGAUUGCCCUGGAGAAACUCAAGAAUGACAUGGCAGUGCCGACACCCCCACCGCCCCCAGUGCCACCAACCAAACAACAGUACCUAUGCCAGCCACUCCUGGAUGCCGUCCUGGCCAACAUCCGCUCACCAGUCUUCAACCAUUCCCUUUACCGCACGUUUGUGCCAGCAAUGACAGCCAUCCAUGGCCCACCCAUUACGGCCCCAGUGGUGUGUGCCCGGAAGCGUAGGUUUGAAGAGGAUGAGCAGCAGAACAUCCCUAAUGUGCUCCAGGGGGAGGUGGCCAGGUUAGACCCCAAAUUCCUGGUGAACCUGGAUCCUUCUCACUGCAGUAACAACGGCACUGUCCACCUGAUCUGCAAGCUGGAUGACAAGGACCUCCCGAGUGUGCCACCGCUGGAGCUUAGUGUGCCCGCCGACUACCCCGCCCAGAGUCCUCUGUGGAUCGACCGACAGUGGCAGUACGAUGCCAACCCUUUCCUGCAGUCGGUGCACCAGUGCAUGACCUCCAGGCUGCUGCAACUUCCCGACAAGCACUCGGUCACGGCCCUGCUCAACACUUGGGCACAGAGUAUCCACCAGGCCUGCCUUUCGGCCGCCUAGCCACCUCUGCUGCUCCCUCUUGGGCCACCCUUCCCCCCAGCUGCCAGGGACCUCGUCAGGGCCACAGAAGACACGCACCUCACAAUGGACGUUUCUAGGUGUUGGCUUCCUUACAGAGCCUGGGCUUAGGUUAGCUUUCUUGCUUUUAUCUUCUGUCUUGGGGACCUGCCAAACAUUUCCCAUACUUGUACAGGACUAGGACAGGUGACCGUGGCAUUGGCGCUAUCCUCCAGGAAGUCAGACAUACUCUACCCUGUGCCCUCCAGGGCCCUUGUCCAUGCUCAGCGCCUGACAGAGAGCUCAGGGUCUGUCUUGUUAGAGCAUCUUGAGAGUCUGAAAACACUUCUGCUGUUCCAGUAGCAGACAGAGAACAUAGGAAACCUUUAAAACACACAGAUUCUCUUGAGUUUUGGGUUCAGACCAUGCCACUGUUGGCAUGUGGAAUAUGCCACAGAAGCUCCCAGAUACAGGGGUGCUGGCUGUGUCUCAGAGGGAAGGCUGGCCUACAGGUGGCUGCAAGUCCCCUGCCACCAGCUGGGCCUUAUACCUCACAGCAUUUUCCCUUUAAGCCCCGUGGGGCCACAGAGGGAACAGGGACAUCUGGGGGAUCCUGCCCCUAGCACUGUACCCGCUGUCGGGUUAGGCUGCCACCCUUGGGGCCUGAUGUCCUUGGAGCCACUGCAGAGAGUGAGGCUCCCAGGUGGGGCUCCAGCCGGCCCUGUGAUGACAACAGUUUCCUCCUUUUAUAUGUGCACUACCAUGUCAUCUGUGGUUCUUACAAUAAAUUUAUUAUU